UGGGUGUGUGAGUGUGCGUGUUUCGCAGACAGAAAUGAAAUGAAAAUUCUUUAUUUCUAAGAAACUAUUUCUUUGUGAAAACUGAAGGUUAAUUAAUACGAAAGAGGUAAAAGAAGACGAAGAAGUGAUAAGGAGAACGAUAACAACAACAUAUAUCAUUACCUUUAGCGAGACAUUCAUUCACGGCGAAAUCCAAUUCAACACGAAAAUGUGCUGUGAAAAAAGAUUCUGAAGACCCACCACAGUGAAAUCAUUACGAGGAAACACGUCUGGUAAAAGGACCUUUAGAAUUCAAGAUGGACAUUGAAAUGGAACAGAUGCCUUUCAUACAAAGACCAGCUAUGGGCGCCGCAAGCCAAAUGCAGGACCUAGAGUGGGCCGACGUUUGGUACAGGCUGGACGAGGGACGAGGAAAGAUCACGCUGGACAAACUCGAAGGCAGGAUCCACAGGACGGUUAACAACGCGCAGGCAAUUCCCCAAGCCAUUAGUAUCCUACACAAGGCGGAUUAUGGACAGAAAGGAUGCGUGGAGUACAAGGACUUCAGACAUUUUUACAAGAUCCUUCCCGAAUACUCUUGGGAAAGGGCGGUGCUGAUGAGGGCGGCGCUAGACGUGGAGGACAUGACGCCCGCGAUGGAGGAAGUGCUGUGGAUGGACGUGUGGACCAAGGUGGUCGACUUCGCGCACACGAAGCCCUCCAAGAAUGACUUCGACUGGCGCUGGCUCCUCCCCCAGGACUAUAACCGCCGGAAACUCCUCAACUACGUCUAUUACAGGAGCGAACUCAUCCACCCUUCCCGCAUAAAGGAUUGGAUUCUCACCACGAAGGAAGCGGAUCGACUCCCGAACGCCGUGGCCAUACAGCUGUUGAAGAAGGCGGAGAUGGUGGAGCGCGCGGAUACGAACAGAGAUGGAUAUGUGGAGUUCGAGGAGUUUCUGAGAUUCGCUAUGGUCACCUCCUCGGCCUCCCGCAGGAGCGAGGUCUUCCGGAGAGGCGCCCUUGUGGUCCUUCCUCGCAGCAAAAGGACACUGGAGACGAGGCAGUACCUGGAGGAGUACUCGUGCUGCCCCCCGCCGCUGUUCAUGCCCCUCGCGUCGCUGGCUGAGGUUGCCGUGUUUAUCUACUAUGCCGUUGACAUGGGCGUAACCAUAGGAGCGAAUGGCCCGUGUCCUACGUACUCUCCUCUUGUGUACCAUCCUCAACGGCGCUACGAAGCUUGGCGAUACAUAUCUUACGCGUUGAUCCACUCCGGGUGGGUCCACUUGGUGAACAAUCUGGUAGUACAAGUGUUCUUCGGCAUCGUGCUGGAGAUGGUACACAGGUGGUGGCGUGUUAUGAUCGUGUACAUGUCGGGCGUCGCAGCUGGUGCUCUUGCCCACUCGAUUUUCACGCCCACUGCCUACCUCGCUGGGGCGUCGGGCGGGGUUUAUGCCGUGGAAUACGCCCAUCUCGGAAAUCUGUUUUUGAACUGGCCGGAGAUGGAGAGACCUUGGCUACAGUUGUUCGUGUUGCUCGUCAUGAUCAGCCUCGACUUCGGCUACGCCAUCUGGGAUACAUAUUUCACCCUGGAGCCCUCGAAAACGGGUCACAUGGCCCACUUCGGAGGCGCCGUCGCAGGGGUUCUCGUCGGUGUGGUGGUCCUCAGAAACCUGAAGAAGGAGAUGUGGGAAAAAUACUGCUGGUGGUUUUCCCUCGUCCUCUUCCUCGUCCUCCUUUCCACGGGGGUGAUGCUAAACGUUUUCCUGCCCGUUCCUGGGUACUUUCCUGAGGAUGUUCACUAGUGGUUAUGCGGUGCUGUGAGAUUUUUUCUGUUUUGUGUUUUUAAGUUUCGUUCGUAGGUCCUGGUUGUUUAAGGGUUUGUUCGUCUGAAUGUUCAUCUACUUGUUUUUCUUUAUAUCUCCUUUCUCCCUCUCUGUCUCCUGCCUGUUUGUCUAUCGAUCAGUCAGUCUGUCUGUGUCACUGCUUAGGCUCUCUUCAUGUCUGUCCAUUUGUCUCAUCAGUGUUUCAGUCUCUCUCUUCUCUUUCUGUUAUUCCCAUUCUCAAAAUCUGUUCAUAUUUUUAGUGAUUUACUUUGUAUAAUAUGCAGGUAGGGUGACGUUAAUAUUUCUAAAACCCGAUUUGAUAUGCACUAGAACAAAUAUAUAUAUAAAUAUAUUUUGACCCUAUUUAAAUAAGUCCCUAUAAAAUCAUAUUUGUAUCAUAUUGCCAAUAAAAUGAUUGUAAAAUAUA